AUGCCGCGGCCGUCGCGCGAUACUUACGGUGACCAGAAACCACCUUACUCCUACAUAUCGCUGACGGCGAUGGCGAUAUGGUCGUCGAGGGACAAGAUGUUGCCGCUCGCCGAGAUCUACAAGUUCAUCGCCGACCGUUUCCCGUAUUAUAGGAAGGACACGCGACGAUGGCAGAACUCUUUGAGGCACAAUUUGUCCUUCAACGAUUGCUUCAUCAAGGUGCCGCGUGGUCCGCAUCGGCCGGGAAAGGGAGCCUACUGGGCGUUGCACCCCGCCGCGUUGUCCAUGUUCGAGAACGGCUCGCUCCUCCGCCGACGGAAGCGCUUCAAGCUGCACAAGCCGGACAAGGAGCUGCUCAAGCAGAGACUGACCGCCGACGGCGGCAACGAGAUUCUGCGGACGUACGAGGCGGCGGCGCUCUUGCACUCGGCGUCGUGGAAUUUUCCCGGCUUCCCGGUCUCGCCGUCCUCGUACGCGGUGUCGCCGUACCUCCAGGCCGCCGCUGCCGUAAGGCAGCACGGCCCGCCGCGGCGACGUUUGUCCGGUGAGCGCGCCCCGGAGACCGGCAGAGACGGCGAGCCGAGCGUCUUCGAGAGUUACGAGGUCGCGAAUUACCGCGACAACAAGCUCACCGACGCGGACGAGCCGCUCUCGUCGUCCUCCUCCUCGUCCACCUCGUCGUCCAGGUUGAACCUCUACCGCGGCGCCGUGGCCGUCUCGCCGCCGAUCUCGCCGACCUCGCCGAAUUCGCCCGCGUCCAAGUCCUAUUCUCGUCACCUCUCGCCGAUCUCGAGCCUGGUGGUGGAGGUCGAGCGAACGCUGCCCAGUCGCGAGGACCCGCUCGUGCUCACCGCCGAGAAGAGGGUGAAGAAGCCGUUCACCAUCGAGAACAUCAUCGCGCCCGACGACAAGCUGGGUGAGAACGAAGCAGCCGCGAGGCUGGCCGACGAGUCGAAAAAGUCGUCGCUCCUCGCGCCCAGGCCGCUUUACGCCGGCUACUCGAUGUCGGUCGCGGGUGUUCAGAGGCCCUCUUACGGCGCCGCCACUUGA